UGCAUUUUUCUUGGCUUGGGCAGCUAGGAUGUGACCGAUAGCUUUACAGGAAUUACAUGUGUUGUUAUUCUGUAACAGAACCAGUGGAUAUACCCUGUCUGUUCACCAUUGUUACAUUCAACUUCUCUUUCCACUGAAGGGGACCUGAGCAGCGUCAGGAUGAGCGGGGCGGCGCUGGGCCUGGAGAUCGUGGUGGUCUUCUUCCUGGCCCUCUUCCUGCUCCACCGCUACGGAGACUUCCGGAAACAGCAGCGCAUGGUGCUGUUUGGCACGCUGCUGGCCUGGUACCUCUGCUUCCUCAUCGUGUUCAUCCUGCCGCUGGACGUCACCACGACUAUCUACAGACAGUGUAAGUUGGACCACGAGAAGCAUGCAGCUAUCGCAACAGUCAGCCCACUUCUGUCCAAUCAGACAACGGCAAACUCUACGGUCCCGCCCACUGUAAGCGUCCCCAAGCCAUGCUACCAGCCCUGGAGCUACGUCCCUGACGGAGUCAUGCCUGUGUUCUGGAGGGUGGUGUACUGGACCUCCCAGUGUCUCACAUGGCUGCUGCUGCCGUUCAUGCAGUCGUACGCCCGCUCCGGCGGCUUCUCCAUCGGGGGCAAGGUGAAGACGGCGCUCAUCGAGAACGCCAUCUACUACGGCACCUACCUGCUCAUCUUCGGCUCGCUGCUCAUCUACGUGGCCGUGCACCCCGAGUGGCACCUCUCCUGGUACGAGCUGCAGACCAUCGGCAUCACGGCCGCCAACACCUGGGGGCUCUUCCUGCUGGUGCUGUUGCUAGGCUACGGGCUGGUGGAGAUCCCGCGCUCCUACUGGAACGCGUCGCGCCAUGGCCACCUGCUGGUCAAGACCUACUUCAAGGCGGCCAAGCUGAUGACGGAGAAGGCGGACGCCGAGGAGAACCUGGAGGAUGUGAUGGAGGAAGUGCGAAAAGUCAGCGAAACGAUCAAGUACAACCACCAACUCAGGAAGUACAUCGAUACCAUUCUAAGAAAAUGUCCAGUGGUCUACCAGGAGAAGAUGGGCAGAAACAUGGACGACUACGAGGACUUUGACGACAAGCAGAACACCUACCCCACGGAGAAGAACCUGGUGAAGCUGCACAAACAGGUCAUCUACACGGUGCAGAGGCACAACCGGACGCGGGUCCAGUGGCAGAUGCUGCUGCAGCAGGCCGUCCACCUGGAGGACGUGGCCCGCAACGAGAGCAGCGCGGCCCACCAGUUCUCCCACAGCUUCCCCUCCACCGAGCCCCCCGGCUGGGUCAGCCGAUACUUGUACACGCCCACCGUAGAGUGGUACUGGGAGUGUCUGCUGAAGCAGUGGUUCUAUCGGCUGCUGUCGGUGGUCCUGACCCUGUUCUCCGUGUCGGUGGUGUGGUCCGAGUGCACCUUCUUCAGCACGCGGCCCGUCCUCUCGCUGUUCGCCGUCUUCAUCCAGCUGGCCGAGAGGGACUACAACUACCUGUACAUCGAGAUGGCGUGCUUCCUCACCAUCUUCUUCCUGUGCACGUGCGUCUACUCCACCGUGUUCCGCAUCCGAGUGUUCAACUACUACUACUUUGCCUCGCACCAUCAGACGGACGCCUACAGCCUGCAGUUCAGUGGCAUGUUGUUCUGCCGGCUGACUCCGCCCCUCUGCCUGAAUUUCCUGGGUCUGAUCCACAUGGACAAGGCCAUCUCCCAGCAGCAGAAGUUGCAGACGGCCUACACAUCCAUCAUGGGCUCUAUGAAGGUGCUGUCGUUCAUCGCCAACGGCUUCUACAUCUAUUACCCCAUGCUGAUAGUCAUCCUCUGCAUCGCCACGUACUUCAGCCUGGGCACGCGCUGCCUCAACCUGAUGGGCUUCCAGCAGUUCAUGGGAGACAACGAGUUGACCUCCGACCUCAUCGACGAGGGCAAGGAGCUGAUCCGACGAGAAAAAAGAAAACGACAAAGGACUGAGGAUGGAGAGAACAGACGAAGAGAGUGGAAGGAGCGCUAUGGCAACCAGAGGGACGACUACUCGGCCCGCAACAGAAGUACAAACUCGGAGAUGAAGGAGACCAGCUACUCGGACACGGUCGCUCCUGUCCCCAAUAACAGACAGGCCAAAUACUCGCGGGCAGGCAGUCGGUCGGAGAGGGACAGCGUGGAGCUCCUUCAGGACGCAGAGCCACUAGACUUCAACGCUGAUACGCUCACAGACGACCCGCUGGACGCCAACUCCACCAGGCCCGCCGGUGGGAGGUACCUGUCCAUGUCCUCCUCUCGCAGUCGGAUCUUUGAUGACGUCUGAUUGGACGACAGACAGGAAGUGGUUAGAGGGACAGGAUGUGCAUGUCUAUCUUAAGCAUCCUCUAAAAGGAAGGAGAAACCAAGAUGCAUUACACGGCAAGGAUUACCUGAAAUGUGCAAUUCUUUAUUAUCUAUGUCAAAAAAAGUAACCUUACAAUGAUUUCCCUUGAGUUGCUGCUCUGGUGAAGGCUGCUACGAUCAAACCAACAAUAAAAAAGGAUUUAAUCACACACACACACACACACACACACACACACACACACACACACACACACACACACACACACACACACACACACACACACACACACACACACACACACACACACACACACACACACACCUGCAUGGCUUACGUUACACCUUCUGUUACAACUGCUGUUACUAGUAUCGUACAGUAACGUAAGACUCUUGUAUGAAACUAUUGCUGUGUGGCUUACUGUUGGCCACUGGGUUAGUUCUCCAUUCUACUAUAGCCAGUUAUUUAAAGAAAGUGAUAGCACCACCACCAAGAAUUGGCUUUUUCGGUUGUUGCUGUUGUUGCUGUUGCUAGAGGGCUGAAUCAAAACAUUUGUUGGUUGGUUUAAUUUUUUUUCAGUGUACCAGUUAACGGUAUUUUUGUUUUGCAUCUAAUAACAAGGUUAAGUUGAUGCAAAUCCAUUUUUUAUUAGCAUGGUGGCUCAAAUAGAUUAGACUGAUGUCCAUCCUUGCAACUAGAAUAAUGUUACUGUAAAAACUAAUUUUAUUUUAUUAUUAUAUUUCUUAGUUUUAUGUGAUUUUUUUGUUUUGUUUGUUAAUACAUCUAAUGCUGUCCAGAAAACAUGGAGAUGGUUCCUUGAAGGACACUUUUAAAAUAGGCAAAGGCAUUGAUCAUAAGAUAUGUUUUCCCAUAUACCAUGGGAAACGUUUUAAUUCACCGCCACAGCCAGAAACCAUUUGCUUGACACACCAAGUAAGUGCCGCUUCAAAAGUGCUCUGCUAAUCGAAUCCCUCAGUCAUUUAUUCCGUAACUAGGUUGAAAAAGGAUGGACUAACGAUUUGUUGUUGAUCACAGUUGAAAUAUUGUAACUAAUGUUGAAGGAUCUAUCUUUGUUCUGCGUAGUCGCAAACUUUGCCUGGAUUAAAUAGUUCAGCAAGUAAAACCUCUCUGAAAUGUUGCCCUAUGUCUUGUCGUUGCUGGUUUUAUAUUUAAACAAAAAAAGUCAGCUUUGGGAUUCGGGUCAUGAAGUAAGACGGCCAGUGGUGUGAGCUUGGGUCGUUUUUGUUAACUUUAUUUAACGUAGACAAACAGUUUGUGUAACAAUGUCCAUUUGUGCCAUGUUUGCCUUUCCCCUCUAUGGUUUUAUUUAUGAUGACAACCGCUGGAGCAAGAAUUAAUUACCGUACAAAUAUAUCUUCCUCCAAGUAUAAUAUUUAAGCAUGUACAGCUAACAUUGAUGUGGUUAUACAUUCAAGGCAUUCUACUAAAAUACAUGGCGCUCAAAGAUAAAGACUGUCACACUGGAAUUCACUGCAUACACUGAAUGUGUAAAUACCUUGUUUUGUGCUGGAGUCCAGAUUUCCCCUCUUGGUCUGUCCCAUUUGCGUCACACAUACUUUCUUGUAUAUAUGGUCUUAUGGUCUGAUUAUAUACAUGUUUUUGUAUUAUAUUAUGCACCUACAAAUCCCAACUGUGACUUAGUAUUUAUUAUGUUUCGCUAUUCCUAGUAAUACCUGAUUUAUGUUGCUGUUGUUCAAGCUAUCGGGUACCAAAUGUUAAAUUAUUCAUUUAUUUCCAAUUAUUUUGUCUGUCUGAAUAUGUAAAAAAACUUAAACAAGGACACUACAAAUGGUAAAUGUUAUACUGUGUUGGGAUACCGAAUCUAAUGAAUUGAGAUUGUAUGUGCGGAUGAUUUUGAUAAUGAAGGUUUUUAUCUUGAAUGUAAGUAGUUAUAUAUAAAUCUUGCAUCUCGAUAUUUGAGCACUUUUUGUGAACAUAACAAUAUCGCCAAAUCCUUAUUCUGGAUUUUAGGGCAGUAGAGCUAAAUAUAAUGUAAUGCCGUCUGAUUUAAUAAACCAGUCGUAAUUAAAUAAAAUAAAUUCAAUCAUACCUAUUUUUGUUGUCUGCA